AUGUCAAAAGAGAAUAUCGUGGAGUUUGAGAAGGAUGUGAGCGCACAGUGCGCCGUGACGAAGGUCGACAAGCAUGGCCUACCUCUCCACCCUCAACCUUCCGACGACCCGGAAGAUCCUUUGAACUGGCCACUGACCUAUCGGUGCUUCGUCCUGGCGCAAGUCAGCCUGCUUGCUAGCCUGGGUAACUUCAACAUUACAUUUUUUGUCAAUCCCGCCUAUGGAGAGCUCGCAAAUGAAUUUGGUAUCACGACGGUGACUGCAUCUUACCAGACCACCGUUAUGAUAGCAAUGGUGGGGUUGUCGCCAUUCGUAGCUAUCCCUCUAGCCGAAGCAUACGGGAGGAGAUAUAUCUACCUCAUAACCACGUUCAUCGGGUUCGCUUCCGCCUUUGGUUGUGCAUAUUCGACGACAUACGCCCAGCUCAUUGGAGCAAGAAUUGUCAAUGGUAUCUUUCCGGUUGCCAUGACGCUCGGCAUAGGAACAAUAAACGAUAUGUUCUUCCUCCAUCAGCGUGGGCGCGCCAUCGGUGUCUACACCGUCUUGAUGACUAAUGGCAGCCAUAUCGCACCCAUUCUUGGAGGCGUAAUUGGCCAGUUUCUCGGGUGGCGCUGGAUAUUCAAGUUCUCCUCUAUCUGCGAUGCCUUCAUGUUUGUCUGCAUCCUGUUGUUCCUUCCUGAGACACUCUACCUCCGCGACAGCUCGUCUUUCAUGGACCGUGCUGGCGACAAGUACGCCACCACGAACGACCUUCUUUCGAGAAGCUCUUGGCGGAGACACGUUCAAAGACUGAAGUGGAGAGGAAGGUUGGAGGGCCGUCGGGUGAGCGUGAAGGACUUCGUGGUACCAGUCGUCAAAAUCGCGCGAUAUCCUUCUGUUCUGUUCCCCGCUAUUUACUACGCCACGCAGUACGGUUUUGGAAGUAUCCUUCCAGCUGUCACCGUCGCAAGCGUUUUCUCCCAGGCGUUCGGCUGGAACACCCUCCAGAUCGGACUUGCCUAUGGUGGUUCACUUACCAUCGGGAGUUUCCUUGGAGAGACAGCAGGUGGAUGGGUCGUUGACUCCAUCAUCAAUAGAGCACGUCGUCGUUCGGGAGAAAAUGCGCCGACCGAAGUUCGAUUGAAGGCGGCUUGGACAGGAAAUAUUCUCGUUAUGGCUGGACUUCUUAUCUAUGGCUUUGGUCUCCAGUAUAAUGCGGCAUGGCCUGGCCCCAUCAUCGGUAUGGGUAUAGGUUGUUUUGGAGUACAGUGUAUCACAACUGUUAUGUAUACAUAUAGCAGCGAGUGUUACCGAGAUCGUUCGGAUCAAGUGUCCCAGGUUUUUAACUUCUUCCGUCAAGAAAUCGGAAUGACCUUUGCCUUCUACGCCAUACCUCUCGCCAAAGCCAUGGGAGGCUAUCAAUGGUUGUUCCUUCUUUUCUCGGUGCUGGGAUGUAUUGUUGCAUUCAUACCCAUCGUGGUCCUGAUGUACAAGGGAGAAGCCAUUCGAAGGCACAUGGACAGGCAGUGA